GCCAAGGUUGCAGGGCUAGCUUUAGGUUUGCAGGGCUAGCUGGUUGUCUCGGCCUCAAUAUACCUUUUGACGCAUUCGUGUCCAGGACGUGGGUACACUCCCAUUCAGUCCAAUCAACUCCUAGGACUGGGGAGCCGCAUUAAUUUGCUGAUAAGGUUUCAAGUCUCGAGCGACCUUGACAAGGGUGCACGUGCCAAGCCGCCGUGGUGUUGUGGGCGCCAAAUCUCAGCACCUACGAGCGCCCCACGAGCGCAGAGGAAAGGUACUCAGUCACGAGGAAAAAGUGGGACCUUUCCCCUAGCCUUGUGCAGCGGCCUCCUAAGCUCUCCCAAGCAGGGCUGUCAAGCACAUCUUUGGCGCUUGCUUAAGUAGCACCCGAACAAUAUCAGGGAGGCCAGAAACCACUACUUCACUGCUGGCAAAUACCAUGGCAACUUUUCACCACGACUCAGCAAUGUUUGCCAACCAGACGGGCGCGCACCCUGCUCAUAUGGCACCGGGGAAUUAUGAGGGCCGUCAAGUCCAUGUGGGGCAGCAGCUCCCGCCCCAGGACCCCGCUCUCCAGAGCCACCCCCCCCAUUUCCAGCCCCAGUACAGCCCCCCAACAGGGCACAAUCACCACCAUAACUGGUCUUACGUGCAGCACCAGUACGCUCCUCAGAGUCACACCCAGUCAUCUGGCGCUCAGCAGUACUCCCAGCCAACCCCUCAGAACUACCUACCCGCAGGCGCCCCCGCCUAUGUACAUGCAUACGGCGCCAGUCUAUCACGCACAGCCCGUUCACCCGACGCCCCCGCGGCGGCGUCUCCGGCCCCCGCGCCGGCGUCGCAAGAUGCGGGCGGCAAGCAGAACAGCACGGGGGACCAGUUGAAGAAGAUGCUUGAGGCGGGUAAGAAGAUGAUGAAACAGGACGAGUUGACGCCGCAACAGCAGGCAGCGAAGCAGCAGCAGAAGGCGGCAAAAGAGCAGCAGCAGGCGGCGAGAGAGCAGCAGGUGGCGAUGAAUCAGGCGAUGUGCGCUCACUCGACUGACUACAUGGUGGAGGAGCCUACCGGCUUUGCAUGGUUGUGCUGCUGCUUCUGGCUGCUGACGGGCAACCCGGCGCCGUGCACGCAGAUCCGCUGCACAAACUGUGACCUGAUUGUGCAGUCUUGAAGUUCUCCGAAACCAGAGGCGCAAAAUCUUCUACUGGGCGCUUCGAAUCGGUCGGUUCAAAGCACAGCCCGUUGGAGACGUGCAUCGUCUUCUAAUUGCACACAAGUAACUUGAAGAAAUAGCUCUAUUGUAUACGAGAUUGAAUUCUGGAUUGAUUGAAGCAGUGUCUGGUGGUAGGGAGGGCCGGUUUCUUCGGCAUUUGAAGCGAGCUGGUUACUUGUGGAGUAAUAAGCAUCUAGUUGUCAAAGAUGGAGAGGAUCUGCGAAGCGGCGCCUCCGAUACUGCAAAGUAACGGCGUGGUUUAGGCGCAGCGCAUGAUUCUAGCUUGUCGAUUACCGAUAUGUAGAACCUUCCGGAGGACGAGUAUAUCGCAGCUCCAGGGGUGCCAACUUCGACAACGUCGAACGCGGAGUGGAGCACUGGUAGGAAUUCUACGUCGUGAGUAUAUAAAGCAGUAUCGUAGCCGUUUGGAAUUGGAUGAAAGUGUCCAUGUCAUCCUUUCGUUGCGUCCGAUGCAUAUGGCGAACGGGCCGGGCAGCAUCGGGGGACGCCAGUGUAUCUUUUAAAUGCUCCAUAGUCUGAGUGGGUCC